AAGUUUCCCAUUUAGUGAGCGCGGGGAGCACCGGUUGAAGGAGGAGCGGUUGGUUCCACGGCAAACACUCCCCUCCGCCUCUCCCACCAAAGCCACCCGGCUCUGGAGUUUAUAAAGGGCGACGACAGCGAUCAGAGGUCGGCGGUUGGCUGCAGGAUUAAUUCCCAGAAGGAGACGGAUCCGCACCUGGAUUUUUACCUUCCCGUUUCUGCUGGUGCUUCUCGGGGGAAUAUUUGGAAGGGCAGGUUGCUCCAAGGAGAAUCGUCUCUCUCUUGUCUCCCUCGACCGAGACGUGCUUGCUUAUUUGAGGAAUACAGGAGGAAAACUAAACCCGCUCAGAUCUGGGAGCUCGAAUAACACAAGGAUGACAGCCUUGCGCAUCUUUGGCUUGACGUUUCUGUUAACGAUAUUGCAGCAGAGGGUGUCCGGCUCUGGCGUCUUCCAGCUGGAGCUGCACGAAUUCGUGAACAGCCACGGGUUCCUGGCCAGCGGGCAGCCCUGCUCCCCCCACUGCAGGACCUUCUUUCGCGUCUGUUUGAAGCAUUUUCAGGCAGUGGUCUCCCCGGGCUCCUGCACUUUCGGCAGCAUCAUCACCCCGGUUCUGGGAAUAAACUCCUUCAGCGUCAAGGAUACGGAGAGAUUUGACAGCCCCAUUAAACUGCCCUUUAACUUCACGUGGCCGGGAACCUUCUCGCUGAUCAUCGAGGCCUGGCACGCGCCUGCCAACUACCUGCCCGAAGGCUCCCGCCUGCCCUCCGAGGACUGGCUCAUCAGCCAGAUGUCGAUCCAGCGGUCGCUGUCGGUGGGCGAGGACUGGUCGCAGGACGUGCAGAGCGGCCCCCUGACCCAGCUGCGCUACUCCUACCGCGUGGUCUGCAGCGAGAACUACUACGGAGAGAGCUGCUCGCGCCUCUGCAAGCCCCGCGACGAUCGCUUCGGGCACUACGUCUGCGAGGCGGAUGGCAGCGUGGCCUGUCUGCCCGGCUGGACCGGCGAGUACUGCACCGUGCCCAUCUGUCUGGCUGGGUGUACCGAACAGAACGGAUACUGCAACAAGCCCGGAGAGUGCAUCUGCCGUCCUGGCUGGCAAGGCCGCUACUGCGACGAGUGCAUCCCCCACAUCGGCUGUCGCCACGGGACGUGUAAAACACAGUGGCAGUGCAUAUGUGAUGAAGGAUGGGGUGGCCUCUUCUGUGAUCAAGAUCUGAACUACUGCACUCACCACAGGCCGUGCAAAAACGGAGCUACUUGCAUGAACACAGGCCAGGGCAGCUACACAUGCUCCUGCAAACCCGGCUUCACCGGCGUCGACUGCGAGCACGAGAUCAGCGAGUGCGACAGCAAUCCCUGCAGGAACGGCGGGAGCUGCACGGAUAUGGAGAACGGUUACCACUGCCUGUGCCCCCCCGGCUACUACGGCACUCACUGCGAGCACAGCGCCUUGACGUGCGUCGACUCGCCGUGCUUUAACGGGGGCACGUGCCUGGAGAAGGAGCAAGGAGCCAGCUACACCUGCGUCUGCCCUUUCGGCUUCACGGGCUCAAACUGUGAAAAGAAAGUAGACAGGUGCACAAGCAACCCCUGUGCCAAUGAUGGCAGCUGCUUCUACCUUGGUCAGAUUCGUGUGUGUCGUUGUCGGGCCGGUUUCUCUGGUCAGAAAUGUGAGAUAAACAUCAACGAUUGUGCCCGAAACCCAUGUUCCAACGGGGGAACCUGCCACGACCUGAUCAACGAUUACACCUGCACGUGCUUGCCGGGCUACAGCGGCAGGAACUGUGACAUCAAAACCAGAGACGAGUGCGCUUCUGGGCCGUGCGAGAACGGAGGCACGUGCUACAGCGGGCUUUAUAGCGCCAGCUUUGUGUGCUACUGCCCUUCUGGCUUCAUGGGCAACCGUUGCGAACUGCCAGUUUAUUCAGUGCCCGUCACGCUUCCUCCUAAACCCGUCCCCUGGAUUGCAAUAUCCAUGGGGGUGGGGCUGGUGGCUUUGCUCAUCCUGUUCUGCAUGAUAGCGAUGGUCAUCAGGCAGAUGAGGAUGCACCCAGAGCAGGAUUUGGAGACAAUGAACAACCUGUCUGACUUCCAGAAGGACAAUCUCAUCCCAGCUUCCCAGCUCAAAAACACCAAUAAAAAUAAAGACCUGGAAGUGGACUGUGGGCUGGAGAAGUCAAACUACAAACCCAAGAACCAUAAACUGGACUACAAUCUGGUGAAAGACCUGACAAGUAGAGGCACGCAGGAAGAGAAAUACUACAAAAGUGAAAAGUGUUUAGGAGAAAAGUCUCCCCUCAGACUACACAGUGAAAAGCCAGAAUGUAGGAUAUCAGCGAUAUGCUCUCCGAGGGAUUCAAUGUACCAGUCUGUCUUUGUGAUAACAGAAGAAAGGAAUGAGUGCAUCAUAGCCACGGAGGUAUAAGACUGAAGAUCAGCUCAUUUGCACCUCAGAUUUGGUCACGCCAGUAGACGGAUGUUCCUGCUGCAUUGUUUACAAUUCAGAACUGGAUUGGACUGUUUUUCAUUACAUGCAACUUGCUGCUCUCAGGCGGAGGAUGGAGCUGGGUGAACUGGACAGACUGUGAAUUUACUGAAAGAUGCAAUACACCUUUUUUUUAAUUAUUAUUAUUAUUAUUCUUUUUUGCCCUUACCGAAGUUUGAUACCAGAAACCUUAUUCUCUAUAGGAGAGGGGAGGCAGAGGGAAGAGAGAGAGGGGUUCAAAAAAGUUGUCAUUGAAAUGUUGUCGUUUAAAAGAUAACUCAAACCAGUUCCUCACCGACAGACCCCUGGCUUCCCAGAACUCUGGUUACAGGAGGUGCUGGUAGCUGAGGAGGCACUUAACAGUCACAGAUGUUGCCAUGGAAGGUGUGAAGACAGACACAUUGCUUUGCAGAUAAUGGAUACAGCCUAAACGAGGUCUCCAAUUUCUUCCUCUUUUUGUUUUGUUUUUUUUUUUUUUCCCCCCUGGGUUUAAAAGUGCCUAAAACAUGUCAAGAGAAUCUAACAAGCCCAAACAGAGACUCGACUGCUGUUGCUGCAGUUACCCAAACGGUAUUGGGCAGGGGUGGUCGACACUUGCUGCCACACAUCUAUUUGAGUCUCCUCUCUCCUGCUGGAGACUGUGUCAGGGGCGAGAGGAGGAAGGAAAGAGGAAUACCCAGGUUGCAUUGUCACCUCAUUUGAUGAUGCUUUGGAGGACUGGUUGACCCAAGCCACAGGGUCAUGGGACAGGAUUUGGGGUGUUGGGUUUUGUCUUUGUGGAUUUAAACAUUUGAGAAGGAAAAGUUGUGGUGAGGGAUGUGUGCUGCCUCUUCCCCAUUAAUGAGGAGGAGGCAUGAUCCCAGCUCUAUUUAAAGCCUUACAAAUGCGUUUAAAAUCAAUCAGCUCCUAGAACCUUUAUGUGCUGAGCUGUCUCAGCUGUUUUCAUGCCCUUUGCACUACCAGUGAUUGUGAAUAGACAUUGCUUUUCCAUUCUCCUUCCUCAUUCUCUUCCCUGCUCCCUGCCUUAUUUUGACACAAAUUUGGGGGUUUAUGUUGUGUUUCUGAAUUAGGUGCCACCUUGUACUGCAAAUAGUCUCAAAAUUACAGCUGUUACUUUCUGAAGGAGAAGAAGCAGUGUGCCCCACACACACACACCAUUCCACAUCCCCAUUUCUCCAUCUGGUUGCAAAACUCCCAAUUCCUGUCCUUCAUCCCUGGUCCAAAUACCCAAGAGCAAAGCACCUAUCAGGAUUAAAGUUAGAAGGUUCUAGGCUUGUGCUGUUUCUUUCCUAGCCCCCCACACUGCACAGAAAAGGGGAAUCCUUCCCCUGGAAGCCAGAGCUGUGCAGAAGCUCUGCUCUUAUAUAUAUAUAUAUUCACAGCAAUAAUACCAGACAGCCCAGUGGAAAGUGCUGUGACACGAAUGAGACCGUGGGGUGGAGCAGACAGAGGAGGGAGGAAACAAGAUCUCUUUGAAGAACCCUGGACCAUGCUAUCUCUCAGACACUGAUAUCCCUGCCCUUGUAAAUCCUCUCGUUGGAUUAGCCCAUCUACUGCCUUGAACUGUGCAGACAAGCCUCCUUUGUAAUGUCCACCACUGCCCCUCUGCUCCGACCACAUCGGACCAUUUUGAAGAUGACCUUCAGAAAUCAAUAAUAUGGGUUUUGGUUUGUCUGUUUGUAGUUUCUUUUGAAGACUAGUGUUUCAGUAAUUUAAAAGAGAAAAAGAAAAACCACAAAAAGAAAAUCAGAAGCACUGAACUUUCUACGUUUUAUAACAUUAUUUUGUAUAUAAUGUAUAUUUAUAAUCAAAACAGAAGUGUAAAUAUGUUUAUUACUGGUCAUGUAAUGUUUUUAAUGUG